UCGGCCCUUGACAACCGGAACAGAAGGCGGUGCCGGUGAGAGGAAGCGAGGGGACGGACGGGCACCGGGACUUCCUUCCAUCGCAGCGGCAGACAUGGCUUCUUCAGCUGGGGGCACGGCGGCGGUUGGUCCCGGCACUGGCUCUGGCUCUGGCUCUGGUCCGGGCCCCGGGCCCGGCCCCUCCAUGUUCCGCUGGUUGGAAGUGUUGGAGAAGGAGUUCGACAAGGCCUUCGUGGACGUGGACCUGCUGCUGGGUGAGAUCGACCCCGAUCAGUCCGAGAUCACUUAUGAGGGCCGCCAGAAGAUGACGGCGCUCAGCUCCUGCUUCGCCCAGCUGUGUCACAAGGCGCAGACUGUCUUCCAGAUCAACCACAAGCUGGAGGCUCAGCUACUGGACAUGAAGUCUGAGUUAAUCGAUACUCAGGCUGAGAAGGCUGUGUUGGAGAAAGAAGUACAUGAUCAGCUUUUGCAGCUUCAUGCUGUCCAACUCCAGUUACAUGCCAAGACUGGGCAGAAUGUUGACUCAGGCUCAAUCAAGGCUAAGCUGUCUGUCCAUUCAGUGGAUGAGAUGGAAAAAGAAUUAGAAGCCAAUAAAAAAGAAAAAGUGAAGGAAGCAAAACUUGAAGCUGACGUAAAGCUACUAAGAAAAGAGAAUGAAGCCCUGCGACGACAUAUAGCAGUUCUACAAGCUGAAGUGUACGGUGCAAGGCUAGCAGCUAAGUAUCUGGAUAAAGAGCUAGCGGGCAGGGUCCAACAAAUCCAACUUUUGGGUCGAGACAUGAAGGGACCUGCUCAUGAUAAACUCUGGAACCAGCUAGAAGCAGAAAUACAUCUUCAUAGACAUAAAACGGUUAUUAGGGCAUGCCGAGGACGCAACGACCCUAAACGACCCUUGCCCACGCCACCUGGACAUGAUCCAGAUAUAAUUAGAAAGACCCAAGGGGUUGGGCCAAUUCGCAAAGUACUGUUGGUUAAAGAGGAUCAUGAAGGACUUGGUAUAUCGAUUACAGGUGGCAAGGAGCAUGGAGUCCCAAUUCUAAUAUCAGAAAUCCACCCAGGCCAGCCUGCUGAGCGAUGUGGUGGCCUUCAUGUUGGAGAUGCCAUACUAGCUGUUAAUGGAAUAAAUUUAAGAGAUGCAAAGCACAAAGAAGCUGUUACAAUCCUUUCCCAGCAGAGAGGAGAAAUUGAGUUUGAAGUGGUAUAUGUUGCUCCAGAGAUAGACUCUGACGAUGAAAACGUGGAUUAUGAAGAUGAGACUGGGCAUCGUUAUCGUUUGUAUCUUGAUGAAUUGGAGGAAAGCAGAAACGCAGCUGUCGGUAGAAAUGAUGGAAGUGGGGAUGCUAAAUCACUACCAGACCAGAAACCAGUUCUGGAUGCCAUUUUAAACGGAGAUGCAGGAACAAAUAGUGAAACAGCUUCAGAAGAUGCAACAUUCAAACAAAAAGAUGGUGCAGAAUCCUCAUCUUAAGUUGAUUUUACGUUACUUGAACACUAAUGUGGUUAUUUCUGCACUUGACUGGUAGUAUGGAAGGAACAAUGUAUGAAUGUGAUCACGUGUACUAACAUGUCAAAAAAUAAUGUCAAAAAGCAUAACCUUGUUAUCUUCUGGAUUAAGGGGUUCCAAUGAUGCCACAAAAUUGCUUUAUUAACAGUCCUGCAUGUAUAAAACUAUUUUGACUUGGCAGUAAAUUUGUUGGAAGAUACAAAUUUUGAGUUACACCAAACCUCAACUUGAAACUGGAAGGAUUCUUGGCAUGUACUAGGUGUGAAACAAAAUUUAAAAUCAAAAAGCAUGCAUUAAUACUGUGUUGUGCACUUUCCCUUUGGGUUCUUUUGUGCACAAUAUUGGCACAAGAAGCACUUUCAGCAUUUUACAAUUACAAUCUGUCAGUCUUUUCCUUAGAUAUUUGCUUCAAGGUUGAACCAAAGAGGUUCAAAGAAAAUUAUGGAUUUGUAUUUGUUUCUCUUUGUUCAUGCAUAAUUAAUCUGAAAAUAUAAUUCCCUUAAAUAUGUGCAGAACUGUUAAACAGAACCUCUUAAUGGUAACUGUGACCUGACCCACAGUCAUGUUCAUAAAGAGAUGUUGUGCAUUGCAUUCAAUAUGAUUGUUAGACCUGAAUUGACAUUGUAGUCUAUCAAAUGUGAUAUGUUGUAGUAAAAUUUAAUGAGCCAGUGAGUUAUGAAUUAUUAGGUCACGUAGCUGCAUCUCAUUGGAAGAUUAUUUUUCUUAACAAAACAUUUCAAAAUGCAGCUGUAAUAAUUAUUUAAAGAUAACCCGAGUUACAUUGUUGUUGUAAGUACACAGUUCCUAUAUACUGUAUAUCUAUUCAGCAUUGAAAUGCACUAUUUGUAAUUAUUUAGUUAUUCUGCAAAGAUGUUAAAUGUAAUGUCUGGUAAAGUUGAGAUGAUAGUGGUAUAUUUUACAUAGUAUCACUUCUUCAGGUAACUUGCACCUUUCCAAGAGUACAGUUCCCUGUACACUAGUCACUUGCUAAUUCAGGAUUAGUAAAAUUCUGAUUCACACAGUGCAGCUACAGUGUAAAAUGCAAUUUUUUAACUUCUGUAAACAUGCUUGAGAAUGUUUUCAGUUAAUGACAAGAAUUUGGAUUAUAGAAAAGCUGGAGCUGCAAAAGAUUAGUGUACACCUAGUAAAAAUAGUAACUUAUUUUCUGUACACAGGAAGAGUGAUACUUGCCACUCCUGUUUUUUGUGUAUUUCCAAAUGGAGGUCAAACUCUUUCUGUUCAUAUUAUAAGGAAACAAAUGCUUCACUUUUUAUACUGUAUGUUUGUUUUCAGUUGUACUAAUAGUUACAUUGCUAUUUUGCAGUAAGUAGCUCAAAGUUGUAAAUAUGUACCCAUUAUUGGACUUUUCUAUUUAUAAAGUUACUCUGUUUAUGGUGAAUGCUUAUUUUUAUGUUCUCCCUUUCCACAGCACCCAAGGCCCCCUCUACCCCCAGCAAUCUCUGUCCUGUUCUCACUCUCACUCCCUCUCUCUAUAUUGCUUUCCCUCUCUUUCUCUAGCACAAUGUACAUUUUACAUGGCUUUAAAGUUAAUUUAUAAAACAGUGGUGUCUACAAUUAAGUAUAUUCAUUUUAAUUGUUACACUUUACCAUUUGGGCUAAGCUGCUGAAACAGUUUCGAGUGACAUUUUCUUCAAAAAAGUUGCAUAUCAUUUGCAAUCACUACUGUUUCUGAAGCUGAAUGUGAUGCUACUCAAAUGGCAAAAAAAAUCUUCUUGGAUGGCAACUAAUGUAGAAGCAUGCAUGUUCAGAAUUUGUGGGGAAAUUAUAUGUUGUACAUUUAUGAAAAUAUAGGAUUUAUCUCAACACAAUUGUAAAUCAAUUUCUUUUAAUAAUGACUGGUAAACACUUUCUAGAAAGCUUUUGACAAUUUUGCCAUCGACUUCUGAUUUUUCAAAUUUAAUGGCACUGUUGUAAACACAAAAUAAUCUGCAGAUGCUGGGGUCAAAGCAACACUUACAACAUGAUGGAGGAACUCAGCAGGUCGGGCAGCAUCCGUGGAAAU